AUGAUUUUUACCUUGUGUAUCAACGACCAACUAACCUUUUAUUCAUCUUACUAUUGGCCUGGACCUCUACAGGUUCAUCAAUUGCUUAUAACGCCACCUUCACCCCAUACAAAUCCUCUUCUGGGCAUUGUCCAGUUAGGAGAUCAGGGGCUCACCUGUCUUGUAGUGCCCUACCAUCCUCUUGGCAACUUGCGUCGAUACAUUGCAGACCAACGAGCCAACCUCACAGCCAUUCAACAGAUGCAGCUCAUCCAUGAUAUCGCCUCAGGUCUCGAAUUUCUUCAUCAACGUGGUAUUCACCAUCUGAAUUUACAUUCUGCCAACGUUCUCAUCACAUUACAGGGUAUGGCUAUCUUGACCGACGUUGGUCGUGCCAAUAACAGAGCAGAGGUUGGAAUGCCUCCAAAGCCAACAGUAGAACAAGAGCGAGUGAGAUCAUUAGCAGUCGUCUUCCUAGCACCAGAAAUUCUUGCCUCCAACUCCUAUUCGAGUCGUAGUGAUGUUUAUGCUCUAGGCAUGGUUAUGUUCGAAUUACUGACGGGCAGAGUAGCGUUUGAGAAAGAUCUAGAUCGGCCAGGGCUAUCAACUAAGGUCAUGUUUGGACGACAAGAUGAGAUACCUGCUAAUAUCAAAGGCAGCCCUGGACCUGCAUAUGAAGCACUGAUUAAGGACUGCUGGAAACUAAAUCCUGCCGAAAGACCG